GUAGUGAAACGUUAGCGGUUAAAGGCUACAUAGGAGUCCAAAAUGUUCUAGUUUUCUGUGAUCACAACCUCAAUUCCCCCGUAACCGUACGAGUACAAAGUGUUUCGUAGUGAUAUUUACAUUUUUUUUAUAAGAAAAUCUUAGUGAUAACGAAACAAAAGGUUCAAAAUGACGGUGUUUGGAAUGGUGUCCGCGGUAGCGGGUUUGAUCAAAAUCCGUUAUUUAAUAGACAAGGCGAUCAUCGACAACAUGAUCUUCAGGGCUCAUUAUAGGAUAACUUGCGCUAUCCUGUUUGUGUGUUGUAUUAUAGUUACAGCUAAUAAUCUCAUUGGGGAUCCUAUACAAUGUAUUAGUGGUAGUGUACCAUAUCACGUUUUAAACACUUAUUGCUGGAUUACAUACACUUUCACCCUUCCUCAUGAACACCAUAAAAAAGUUGGGACAGAAGUGGCUCACCCAGGUUUGGGAAAUGAAAAUCAAGAAAAAAUCUAUCAUAGUUACUACCAAUGGGUACCCUUCGUACUCUUUAUGCAAGGAGUUUUGUUCUAUGUGCCCCAUUUGAUUUGGAAAUCGUGGGAAGAAGGAAAAGUUCGAAUGAUAACUGAAGGUAUGAGAGGAAGUAUCACCGGGGCAAAAGAAGAAAGACAAGAUAGACAAUCACGCUUGGUUCAAUAUUUAGUUGAAACUAUGCAUAUGCAUAACACUUAUGCUUUUGGAUAUUUCUUAUCAGAAGCAUUAAAUUUUAUUAAUGUUUUAAUUAACAUAUUUAUGACGGAUAAAUUUCUUGGAGGAGCUUUCUUGGAUUAUGGAACUGACGUGAUCCGUUAUUCGAAUAUGAACCAAGAAAAUCGAACUGAUCCAAUGGUGGCAGUUUUUCCACGCGUAACAAAAUGUACAUUCCACAAAUAUGGUCCAACAGGAACCAUUCAAACGCACGAUGCUCUGUGCGUUUUAGCAGUGAACAUAUUAAAUGAGAAGAUUUACAUAUUCCUUUGGUUCUGGUUUAUUAUACUUGCUGUAUUAUCUGGAGUGGCUUUGUUUUAUUCAGCAGCUGUGAUUUUAUUGCCUAAUAUUAGAGAAACCAUUUUGAAGAGACGUUUCAGGUUUGGAACACCUUCUGGAGUUGAUACUAUUAUACGAAAAACUCAGGUCGGCGAUUUCCUUUUGUUACAUUUACUUGGACAAAACCUAAAUUUGAUGAUAUUUGGAGAAAUUUUAGAUGAUUUGGUACGCCGUUUAAACUUUGGUAGCAACAGCAACUUGCCAUCAGCUCCAAGUACUUUGGAAAUGAGUCCUAUUUAUCCAGAAAUAGAGUCUUUUGGUAGAGAGACUAAAACAUAAAUGAUGGGCUGAUGUAAUUAAUAUGUAUUUAUUACAUAUUGCGCUAUAGUGACGAUGGAGACUAAGAUCUCGUUAUCAAAAUUCCUUUAAUUUUUAGUAUUAUUAUCGCAAUUGCCCCCUUAUUAGCGUUUAGUGUUUUUUUAUUGUGAUCAUUCCUAAUUUAGAUAUUGUAUAACUUCGACGCAAGUUUUGUAAUGCUUUUAUAAGACUAGCUAUUAUAUUUUCUUUUAUUUUUUACUGUUUAAGACUGUAAACAUGUAAGUGCAUCGCAAUUGAUACGACUUAGGAACCGCAUUCGAACAAAGUGCCUUUAAUAAAUUCAAAUUAAAAAAAUUAAAUGAGGCAUUUGAUUUUUUUAUUGAUUUAUGUUGAAUAAGGUGCAAUCCGAACAAAUGUAUUUUUUAUGGCUUGAUGUAAACUUGAUAUACAUUGCCUUAACCUUGUCAAAGCUGUAUUUUGUUUUGGAUUCAAUAAAUAAAGGUUUUUAGAACA